CCGUUUCUGCUAACAUUUCUGCCCCAGCAGUCAGGGGGAGCAAGAGGCAGGAGCAGAAGCAGAUCCUUCAUUCAGUGCAGUGGUGUCCCGACCAGAAGCACAGUUUGAGUGUGUGUCAGACAUAUACAGAAGGUUUCUCCAUUCUGGAAAAGUUCAGCUUGUGGCAUGCACAUGGAGUCACUUAUAGUGAACCUAAACAGAAAGAUGCUGUGGAUAUGUUUGCUGGCAUUUGCAGAUCUUGCUGUCAGUGGGAAAACACAGAUAAACAGUUUUCGAGAUCGAAGACAGACGGGGAUCCAGCCUGGAGUGUGUCGUUAUGGAUCAAGGCUUGAAUGCUGUUAUGGCUGGAAAAGGAAUGCCAAGGGACAAUGUGAAGCUAUCUGUGAACAUGGAUGUAAACAUGGGGAAUGUAUCGGGUCAAAUAAAUGCAAAUGUUAUCCAGGAUUUACUGGUAAAACCUGCAACCAAGAUUUUAAUGAAUGUGGACUGAAGCCAAGGCCCUGUGAGCACAGAUGUAUGAAUACUCACGGCAGUUACAAGUGCUACUGUCUGAAUGGUUACAUGCUGAUGCCAGAUGGCACAUGUGCUAAUUCCAGAUCUUGUGCCAUGGCAAACUGUCAGUAUGGUUGUGAGGAUGUGAAAGGAGAAAUUCGUUGCCUUUGUCCAUCCUCUGGACUUCAGCUAGGGCCGGACAGAAAAACCUGCAUAGAUAUUGAUGAGUGCUCCAAUGGCAAAGUUCUCUGCCCUGCACUGCGGAGGUGUGUGAACACAUUUGGCAGUUACUUCUGCAAGUGUCAAAGCGGCUAUGAGCUCAAGUACAUCAAUAGCAAAUACGAGUGUAUAGAUGUUGAUGAGUGUACUACCAAUAUGCACACUUGUAGCAUCCAUGCAGAUUGCCACAACACGCAGGGAGCCUUUAAAUGUAAAUGUAAGCCAGGAUACAGAGGCAGUGGCUUUCAAUGUUCUGUUAAACCUUUCCUCCAAGGACCAUUUGAUGGAGAGUUGGGUAGCACUGACGACACCAUUAAUGCUGUUCCUGAAUUUCCCUACAUUGAAGGGCCUGUAAUUUUGGGAGGAAAUAGAGAUGAAAUUAAAAAAAUCCUGGCAAGCAGGAAUAAUGGAAGAGACAGUGAAGUGAUAAAGAACGCCAUCCCUCAUCCAGUGCCCACGCCACCUUCUCGUGAUCGUCUCCAACCAUUUGACUAUGAAGACGGUGUUUACAUUGGGAACUAUGAUGAGAAAGAAUACGAGGUGACUUUUGAUGGCAGUGAAGAGGAGGAUGAGAACUACAUUGAUUCAGAGGAGCUGAGUCCCAGGGGAGAUGUGUUUGUUCGCAGGAAGAAUGAAGCAACUGCUCUUGGUCCACUUCUGGUUAAGAAAGAAAUUCCUGCAGCAGAAACAUAUACUGAAGAUGUUUUAGUGGACUGCAGCUUUAAUCAAGGCGUCUGUGAAUGGAUUCAGGAUACAGGAGAUAACUUUGACUGGAAUGUUGCAGACCGAUCCAAUGGUGUUGGGCAUUACAUGGCUGUUCCUGCACUCCUUGGCCAAAAUAAUGGUGUUGGCCGCUUGAGACUACUGCUUGGUGAUCUCGCUCCCAGGAAGAGCUUCUGUUUGAUAUUUCAUUACCGUCUGGUUGGAGAGAGGGUUGGAAAGUUACGGGUACUUUUCAACAACCAGGAUUCCUCAAUCUGGGAAACGAGCAGGAACAACAAGGAGGGCUGGAAAGUUGGAAGAGUCACUAUAUCAGCCAAGAACAGUUCACAAGCUCAAAGAAAUAUUGCCUUCGAAGCAGAGCGAGGGAUGAGCAGAACUGGAGAAAUUGGCUUGGACAAUGUCUUUUUGACCUCUGGAUCAUGCCAAGAAUGAACCUCUGAAAACAGUAACUGAACAUAGAACAGGUUUAUAAUCCUAGUCUGCAAAUAAGUGAGAACUUUUCAUGUGGCAGGCCAGAGAGCCUUGAAGGUGCCAUUUUUGAAGUGUGAUUCUCUUUCUCCAAUGCCAAUUUUAUACAUUUAAACUUUGGCAUUACAGGAUUUUUAUAUUAAAGGGUAUGAUACUAAGCAGUAUGCAUCUUUUGUGACUAUUAUUCUCAGAUGUACAGUUGUAAUGCCUUUCAGUCUGUGUAUUCAAGGUGCUGUGUAUAUCAGGAGUACACUUCCCACAAUUUUUAAGCAAACUUGGCACUCUCGUAUCAUUUUUGUUUUGUUCGAUAAAACCAAAUUUAAAAAACUUACAGAUUGAAAUUUUCUACUGUUUUGGGAUUUGAAGCAUCAGUGAAAUGAUGUGAUUGCUACGUAACCUGUCAGGAAAACCACCUGCACUGUGGACUGAGAUUUGCGAUACACAUAGCAGGUCUCUCUACAGAAAAGGCAGUUUAACUCCUGGGCACUUUUUCCUACAGUUGCGUUUUUCUAUGGCUUCAUUGACCCUAAUUAUACGAAGGAUUGUACAACGUAGAAACCAAGCAAGCAAGUUGUUUUUGUAAAUGUAUUAGAAAAGAAGUACUCUAUGAUAUUUGAAAAUUAGUAAUAAAAGUAGCAAUAAUAUAAUGUUUAAUUUGAUUCAGCCAUCAACUCUUGAGGGUUUUGUAAAUCAUUUUUUUAAUGUGUCCAUUCAUGGAAUACUGCAAAUUCAUAGAAGCAUGUAUAGGCCAUGUACUGUGUAAACUAAAUGACUGUCUUCUGUCUUUUCCUACUGAAAUUUCUUAUUCUAUCCCAACUGCUGGAUAUUUUUUGUUUGUUUUUACAAAGUUUUGCAAUAAAAUUUCAU